AUGGACGGAAAAUCCAAGAUAGCCGCAGAAUGUAGAACACCAGCGAAUGGGGGCACGGUCAAGUACUCUGCCCUUAGCUGUCGAAAACACAGUGCUCUUUUGACUGAUUUUGGAGCCGUUGGCGAUGGCAAAACGUCCAACACGAAGGCCUUCAAGGCGGCCAUUCAUCAUCUAAGCCAGAGUGCAUCCGACGGCGGAGCACAGCUUAUCGUGCCACCGGGGAAGUGGCUCACCGGGAGCUUCAACCUCACCAGCCAUUUCACCCUUUUCCUCCACAAGGAUGCUGUUGUUCUUGCAACUCAGGAUGAGUCAGAGUGGCCUCUUGUUCCAGCCUUGCCUUCAUAUGGAAGAGGUAGAGAUGCCCCUGGUGGAAGGUUUAGCAGUCUAAUUUUUGGAACAAACCUCACCGAUGUCGUAAUUACAGGUAACAACGGCACCAUCGAUGGGCAAGGUGCUUCUUGGUGGAAAAAGUUCAAAGCAGGUCAAUUGAAUGAAACCCGACCCUACAUGAUUGAGAUCAUCAAUAUAACAAUCCAUGGGCUCGCUAUCCUUGCACCAAUUGACUCUCCUAACACAGAUGGCAUAAACCCAGAUUCAUGCUCACAAACAAGAAUUGAAGACUGCUUCAUAGUCUCUGGGGAUGAUUGCAUUGCAGUAAAGAGUGGAUGGGACCAAUACGGGAUCAAAGUCGGGAUCCCAACGGAGCACCUUGUGAUCAGAAGACUUACGUGCAUUUCACCUGACAGUGCUACCAUUGCUCUAGGCAGUGAGAUGUCCGGUGGAAUUCGCGACGUUCGAGCUGAGGACAUCACAGCCCUUAGCACUCAAUCCAGUGUGAGGAUCAAAACUGCCCAAGGAAGAGGAGGUUAUGUCAAAGACAUAUUUGUGAGAAGAAUGACCCUCAAGACUAUGAAGUAUGUUUUCUGGAUGACUGGCUCUUAUGGGUCUCACCCGGACCCUGGCUUUGAUCCUAAGGCACUGCCUUUGAUCCAGAACAUCAACUACAAACAAGUUGAGGCUGAGAAUGUUACUUACUCCGCAAGGCUGGAGGGAAUUCCUAAUGAUCAUUUCAAGGGAAUUUGCAUUUCUAAUGUGACUAUCACACUGACCGAGAAGCCCAAGAAAUUACAAUGGAACUGUACCGAUAUUGCGGGAGUUACAAGCAAUGUGACUCCAAAGGCAUGUGAUUUGUUGCCGGAGAGUAAAGAAGUCGUCGAUUGUCCUUUCCCGGAAGAUAGGUUGCCGAUUGAAGAUGUUAAGUUAGUGACAUGUUCUGCCAGUCUCCCCUUCUUCUGA